CGCCGGCGCGCCAAAGUGGAGUCGCUGGUCGAGGGGACCGUAGCGUCUCUGAGUGCCAUGGCGCGCUGCGAACCGGGAAGGGCUCUUCGCGCCGAGGAGCGCCGCCGCCUUUUUGGUGCUGACAUCUUGCCCGUGCAGCACGGACGCUGUGCAGCCUCUCGUGCAACUCUGUACUUCGUGCCCGUGCCAGUCGCUUCCGGUGAGUUCCCCGAUGGCGCCCUGGCCGGGCUGGACCAGCAUAAGCCUACCUGCGACCUGGACGCGAACACCGCUCAGGCGGACUACGACCGCACGAAGCUCCUGGUGUACCUCGAGGACCCCGACAGCCUCAUCGUGCUGCCGCCCGAGGGCUCUGGGGCGGUGGGCACCCCCGUCAAGGCGCAGUGGGACCCGCGGUUCUCGCGUCCCGGGUCGGCCAAGCGCGACUUCAUCGUGCGACUCGACGAG